AUGGUUGAAACAACUAUAACUCCUACUGCUGAAGCAAGCAGUGUUGCCAAAUUUGUAGCCUAUGAUGCUAAUCAUCCCUAUCAUCUCAACAGUUCUGUCUCGCCUGGAAUGACCUUAGUGAACUCUGUAUUUGAAGGAAGAGGAUAUCCAGGAUGGAGAAGAACCAUUCUCCUGUCUUUAUCAGCCAAGAAGAAGAUUGGUUUUAUCAAUGGAGGCUGUCGACCUCUAGAUCUGAAGUCCCCAGAGUAUGAGCAAUGGAGUUGUGUGAAUGACAUGGUCAUCUCUUGGAUCCUAAAUGCUCUUUCAAAUUACAUUGCAGAUAGUGUGAUCUACUCCAAGACUGCAAAGGACCUUUGGGAGAGUCUUGAGCAAAGAUUUGGAAGAUCCAAUGGAGCCAAGCUAUAUCAUCUGCAAAAGGAAUUAUUAGGAUUAGCACAAGGAAAUUGUGACAUUGCAGGAUACUUUACUAAAAUCAAGAGAUUAUGGGAUGAAUUAGAUGCCUUGAAUGUUAUCAUAUGUUGUUCUUGUGUUUGUGAAAGAAAGGCAAAGCUAACAAAAUCGCUGGAAGAUCAGAGAUUGAUUCAAUUCCUAAUGGGUCUAAAUGACACCUAUGCUCAGGCAAGAGGGAACAUUCUUAUGAUGAAUCAUCUACCUAGCAUGGAUGUUGCUUAUUCACUCCUCCUGCAAGAUGAGAAUCAAAGAAAAGUUUAUGCUAAUGCACAAUUCAAUUCUCAGUCAGUGUCAUUCAUGGUAGUAGGAGAAGACAAGCUACCUAAUGCACAACUUCUAGCUGACUUUACAGCUUUCAUGAGCACAGGACAAGGCAAGAAUUUUCAAAGAAGCAGAAAUCAAGCACAAAGAGGAGGAGGCAUAGGGCCCAAGUUCAACAACACAGGGCAGAGGUUUGCUAAGCCUCAGCAGAAAUUCAAAGGGAGGAAGAAGUAUAAUCCAAACGUGACCUGUUCUUAUUGUGGAAAAACAAGAUAUUCUCAAAAAGACUGCUACAGGAUCAUUGGUUUCCCAGAAGAUUUUGAGUUUACAAAUCAGAAAGGGUAUCAGAAUCAAAUCAAAGGAAAUACAGUACUAAUAUAUGAAGAACAUGAAGGAUCAGCAGGACAAAACAGUGAACACAACAACAAUUUUGGUCAGCAACUCAGCAAGGAAUAG